UCGGCAGCACAUUAACAAUUUGGACAGUCUGUCCUUAGCGUUUACUAUUAAAAACUAAAAUGUUAACGUUAAACAGUGUUUCACUGUCGCUGAGGUGUUUUCGAAAAGUGGCAGCUCGGCGAUGGCAUCAUACCAGUCUGACAAAUGACCUGAUAAACAACAUGGACAAGAAGGCAACAUGGGACAGGUUUUACACAGAAAACAGCAAGAAAGGAAAAUUCAGGAACUUUGAGUGGUUCUUUGGCUUCGACUCAGUCAAACACUACAUUCUACCUAUUUUGCAGGCAACCAAUACCAAUUCACCAUUGCAUGUUUUAGAUAUCGGCUGUGGCACAUCAGCAUUUGGGUCUUGUAUCUACACUCAUUUACCAUGUGCUGUGAAUGUCACAUGUGCUGAUAUCUCUCCUGUGGCAGUACAAUUAAUGCAGGAACAUGCUGAAAGCACACCAGUGCAGCCUUGCAACCCAGCCUCCACACUUGUCUUUCGAGAAAUGGAUUGCACAGAGCUACAAAGACAUUAUGAGCCCAGGAGUCUGGACUUAAUAUUGGACAAGGGUACAACAGAUGCUCUGUUGAGGUCUACGGAAGGGCGAGAAAAAGCUGGUCAGGUUGUAAGGCAGUGUUUAACAGUGCUUAAACCCUCAGGAUACCUGCUACAGUUCUCUGAUGAAGAUCCUGAUGCCAGGCUGCUUUGGCUGGAGAAAGAGAGUCAAGGCUCACAGGUGGCAGCCAACAUAGCUGUGCAGGAGGUUGGAAAAUUAAGAGGGGUCACAUAUUUCUGUUAUCAGUUCACCUUUCAUAUAGGACACUGACACUAACUGCAGGUGUAUAAAAUACCUGGAUAUCUAAAAUGCUACCAUAUUUAGAUUUUUUUAGCAAUUGCACUUCUAUGUACAGAGGAUUGUUGUCAUCUUUAAAUGUGUUUUGGCAUUGACUCCUUUGUACAAGGGUACUUUCAAUAAAUUAUGCAACUGAUUAUUGGUGAA